AACAAUCGUAUCAAAUAUGCACGUGCAGUACAAUAUAUGUACAAAACGUAAUUGGAUACAUGAGAUUUGAAAACAGAUCCGGCUUAAGUCGCAAAACUGAUUGACUAUUAUAAUCUAUCUCGAUUACUUGACCAUUGUACAAUUCAAACAAUAUACUAUAUUUUACAGUUUUUGUAACAUAAGACUACGGUUACUUUUUUGGAUGUCGUCGAAAUUCGCAGAGCAGUUGGGUGAUCUGGAAAAGAGAUACUUUCUGUUCCGGAGGCAGCUGAAGACUUUUCUGGAUGCUCUGCGUUUCUUCCGAGAAAACACUAAUCAAGCCCAGGGCCAACUCAGAACUGUGCGAGAAAUGGAGGGAUUGCUGAAUGGCGCGGGCCAAGCAAAUGCGACCUACAAAGGUGCAGUAAAACUCUGGUUUGAAGUUUACGACGAACUUAGAAGUGUAAUUCAGAAUCAACUCGUAGCCGCACAAGCUUGUGCUCCAGAGGUGACUGACGAAGUACUCAAAAUCCGAGUAGCCGAAGCACUAGAGUAUGUGAACGAGAUUACGCAGCCUGACUAUGACGUAGUUGAGAAUGAGCUGGAAAAGCGCAUCCAGGAGGAUUUGCAUGACAUGCGACACGACGAACUGUUCCAGAUGAACUUCAGCGAUAGAAGGAUGUUCGGCUCAAUGGUUGCCAUGCUGCCUUUAGCAAUUGACGCUCUGGCACGAGCCACCAAAUUGACCUCAACUCUUGAAAUCACAGCCAGGUCUGCAGUCCAGUCUCGCCAGCAAACGGCCGAGUCAACCAAAAAAGGAAACAAAUCAUCAGCAGCAUCAGUAGCUUCCAGGUCCCAGAUGAGAUCCCGAUCAUCGACAUCGCAGUCCAAAAAACCCUGGAGACCAUCGGGUCCCGUGACGCCUCAGAUCAGAAAAACGAGCAGCAUUCUCUAAACUCUUUUCUAUUGACCUAAAUUUCCUUGAACUCUUUUUCCAUUCCUAUUUUUCUGCACGUUCUUUCAUACAUGUUCUUUGCUUUGUCCUUCUUUAAAUUUUGAAACUCUCAACUGUAUCUAAGUUACGUGUAAAAAGUUUUUUCAACUAUAAGAAGUUUUUGCGCUUACCAACCCGUAAACAAUAACCAAUUUUCAAAUAUUUCAUGAAUUACUAAAAAGAAGUACCAUAACAUAUGAAGAGCUGGAUUCUUAGUUU